AUGGAAGCUUUUAAAAAGAUCGAUGUUCUUGAAAAGCUCGUCCAAACCUUUCAACAAGAGAACGCUUGCGACAUGAUUUCUGGUGAAUUGUCUAACUUGAGACAACACUGUGUUAAAAUAAUCAACGAGGAAAGGCUUCGUCGUAUAAAUUCUACUGGCGAUAUUAUGCUACGAACUUGUUUAUUUUCAAAAAUGCAGUUCCCUGAAAGCCAAAUUGAAAGAUCAGGACCCAAUGUCCCUGUUAGUACUUUAGCCAAUGGGAAUUGUCUGUUCAAUGCAUGUUCUAUUGCAUUAGUUGGGAAUGAGAGUCUCUCUAUUUACUUGAGAUUCCUAACUAGUGUUGAAAUGUUUGAAAAUGCAAAAUACUAUUCUACCCAUCCUGUCAUCGAGUCCCAGCAUAAAAAUGGUGCGUUCACUUCACUUAAAAAUGCCUUUGCCAUGUGUAUAUCCGAUGCAGCUCUAACCUCUUUAGAAAAUGUGAAUGAAAUUGCAGCAGUUUUACAAGAAGCAGUGGAAACAGCAAAUAAUUACACCUUUUCAUCCUUGAUGUGUAUGUUUGCUUUGUCCACAGUAAUCCAGUGUGCUAUUCAGUCAUACUACCCAAUUACUAAUGAUGCUGAAGUGAAAGGAAAUUGGGAUUCGUUGGCUAAAAUGUUCAAUUGUACAAUAUAUCCAAGAGAUUUUGUUGAUGGGAGUGCAAUUGACUAUGUCCAUAUCUUUCGUUGUACUGCGAUGCCACCUUCUUAUUUGGUAGAUCAAAAAAUCCCAUCCACCAAAAAUCAUUUUGUUACUUUGUGCAAACCAAUUGAAGCACUUCAGCCCGGAGACCAUUAUUUUAAAACACACAUUCCAACUUUAUUAAAGUCAGCUAUGCCAAUAUGUCAUAAAGUUCCCUCGGCUCCUAAAGUUUUUUCUGCUCCGUCCUCUUCAAAAGAAGCUACAUCCACCAAAAAACAGACGGAAGUUGCAAAACGAAAGCAAAGUAGCUUAGAUACUCUCCUAGUGAAACGAAUUUGCCAAACAAAAGAAGCUGAAGAUAAUCAAGUCAAACAUCCUAGCACUAUUACAUGUGAAGGAAUUUCAUCCGUAACUUCCAACAGCGGUCAUACUUCAACUUACACUAAUUCGCGGGCAGAUGAUACUUACAACUACAUAAAUCCGGUUUCCAAUCUUUCUGAUUCAAAAAAGUACGAAAUUCUAUGCAAUCAUUGGAAACCUGGUUCUGAUUACUCUUUCCCCCCUCACGAAAGUACUGGAAGACGUUUUCAGUUUGCAUGGUUAUCUCGAUUUCCAUGGUUGGCUUACUCUGCUGUGGAAAACGGUGGUUUUUGCGUCACUUGUGUUCUGCUUGGCGGUGAAAGCACGCAUAAUGCAAGUAAGCUCAAACGUUUGGUGGUAAGUGCUCUUCCUCCAAGUGCAUCAACCCUUCAGAAGUUAUCUCGACAUGGCGAAAAAUCUAUUGUUCAUGCAACUGCAAUUCUCCGUGCUACACAUUUUAAGCAAUUUAUUGAGAACAAGACACUUGGGAUCGAUGUGCAGGUGAAUACUGCCAGGAAAGAACUUAUUAAAAAGAAUCGUGCACGACUUCGCCCAAUUGUCGAUUGCAUCAUUACGUGUGCACGCCAAAAUCUAGCGUUAAGAGGUCAUCGCGAUGAUGCUCACUAUUACCUUGAUGGAGAAGAUCCCGCUAACCCUGGAAACUUUAUUGAAAUAUUAAAGUAUGGCGCUCGAUGUGGUAACUUAAUGGAUGUGCUUUUUGAAAACUGCCCUUCAAACCAAACCUAUAGAUCAAAAACCAUACAAAACGAAAUAAUAAAUAUAUGUGGCGAGUUAAUAACUGAAAAAAUUGUCGAAGAGAUUAAAGAUGCGAAAUUUUUUGCUAUUUUGGCAGACGAAGCUACUGAUUGUUCCAACGUAGAACAGAUGGCCAUUGUUUUGCGGUUCAUAGACAAUAAUUUUAAUGUGAGGGAAGAAUUCCUCGGUUUUAUUCCAUGCAUGAAAGGUCUUUCUGGUGAAGCUCUAUCCACUGAAAUAAAAAAUUUCAUUCAAAGCUUCCGCCUACGUAUGGAAGAAUGUCGUGGUCAGGGCUAUGACGGCGCUGGAAAUAUGGCAGGAAAAUUUUCUGGAGUUGCUGCCCGAAUCAUACAGGCGUACGAUAAAGCCGUAUACGUGCAUUGUGGUUCACAUAUACUAAAUUUAUGUGUUGCAUCUGCUUGUUCAAUAGACAUGGUGCGUGAAAUGAUGAACAAUGUCCGUCAAGUGUCAGACUUCUUUAAUAAUUCUCCAAAAAGAACCAUCGUCCUUAAAGAGAAGAUUAAAGAAAUUUAUCCACAAGCCAGUCAUGAGAAGCUUAUCAAUGUUUGUCGCACAAGAUGGAUGGCCAGAAUUAAUGGCCUUUCCAUCUUUCGCAAAGUUUAUUUGGCUAUCUUGGCAGCACUAGAAGUGGUAAGAACAGACAAGUCAAACGAUCAUGAUACGUGCUACAAAGCGGGGGGGAUGAUCACAGCCAUUAAGUCUUUUCAGUUUAUCGUUUGUCUUGUAGUCGUCGAGCGUUGCCUUAAAUGCACCCAGCCAUUAACUUUGCAACUUCAGUCUGCUUCCCUUAACGCUGGGAAAGCUCCUGAAAAAGUUACUCUCCUCUUUUUGACCAUUAACGAACUUCGCAUGGACAUUGACGCGGUCCAUUCGUCGUAUUACGAAAUGGCGGUUGAAUUAGCUAAAGGAGGAGGAGUGAAACCUUACAAGAAGAGGACAAGUGACCGUCAAAUGCACCGAGUCAACGUGCCUGCGGACAGCACGUUAGAAUACUACAAAAGAGCUUUGACGAUUCCUCUCCUCGAUCAUCUUGUAGGGCAGUUACAAUCAAGAUUUUCAGAUGGAAAUCUCGACGCAUUUGACGCCAUGUAUGCUUUGCCAAGUUACGUCACCAGUGAACCUAAGUGGGCCGAGCAUUUUUCUCGUUUUUUGAAUAAGUAUAAAGAUGACCUACCGUCACCUGAUUUUCUUGAAAUGGAGUUAAGAAUGUGGAAACUUUUCUGUUACAACUACAAGUGUCCGCUUCCAAAUUCCAUACAAGAGUUGCUUCCUUUUGUUGAUGUUCAUUCAUUUCCAAAUGUACAAACUGCCUUCAAAAUAUUUGCAACAAUUCCAGUGACUACAUGUAGCUGUGAGAGAUCGAUUUCAACUCUUCAUCGAUUGAAAACCUUCAUGCGAAGUACCAUGGGAGAAAAAAGAUUAUCGUCACUAGCAUUAUUAAAUGUUCAUCAAGAAAUUCACCUUAAUAUCGACAAAGUAAUCGAUCGUUUUGCACUUAAACAUCCAAGACGAAUGGUAUUGGCAGAUCUUUUAAAUAGCGAUCCGUGA